CGCAACCCCCUAGGAAUACUUUUUAAAAGGGUGCCACAGCGACACGGGGAAGCAGUUGCUGACCAAACCUGAUACAGACUCCUUGGUUCAGCUUUUCUGAAUGCUGCGUUUUAAUUUCAGCUCUAUAUCAGUCCGACGAAAUUAGGGACCAUGUCUACCUUUGGCUACAGGCGAGAGCUUAGUAAAUAUGAAGACCUAGAUGAAGAUGAACUCCUUGCCUCUCUGACGGAUGAGGAGCUGAAGGAGCUGGAGCGGGAGCUGGAGGACAUUGAGCCUGACCGGAACCUUCCAGUGGGCCAAAGGCAAAAAAGCCUCACAGAGAAAACUCCAACUGGAACUUUCAGUCGGGAAGCUUUGAUGGCCUACUGGGAAAGGGAGACUAGGAAACUUCUAGAAAAAGAGAGGAUGGGGGCAUGUGAAAAGGAGGCUAAAGAUGGCGAAGAUGAGACAUCGGAAGAAAUCGAUGAAGAUGAUUUCACAGGAACUAACAGUGAAGUUUCUGAGGAGGCGUACACUGAAGAAGAUGAGGAAGAAGAGGUAGAAGAGGAGGAGGAGGAGGAAGAGGAGGAGGAAGAAAAUAGUGCAGAUGAUGAAGAAAAGGAAAUUGCCGAAGCGUGUCAAAGGAUUACUAAUUGUGAAAGCACCAGGAAUUCAGACAAACUUAAACAAAGAAAAUGUGACAGCAAGAAUGACAGAGAAGUUAUUACCAAUGGUAACACUGAAAAGGACACAGAAGACUUGAGCUGCAGAACAGGUGCCAUUCACCCCUGUGGAAAUCCCACGGUGAUUGAAGAUGCUCUGGAGAAAGUUAGGAGCAAUGACCCUGAUACUACGGAAGUCAACUUAAACAAUAUCGAGAACAUUACCACCCAGAUGCUGACUCACUUUGCUCAGGCCCUCAGGGAUAACACUGUAGUCAAAACCUUCAGCCUGUCCAACACUCAUGCAGAUGACAACGUGGCAAUGGCUAUUGCUGGAAUGCUAAAAGUGAAUCAACAUAUCUCAAGUCUGAAUCUAGAUUCCAAUUUUAUCACAGGCAAAGGGAUACUGGCUAUCAUGAGGGCUUUACAGUACAACAAGGUUUUAACAGAAUUGCGAUUCCACAACCAAAGACAUAUCAUGGGCAGCCAGGUGGAAAUGGACAUUGCUAAACUUAUGAAAGACAAUACUACUCUGGUAAAGUUAGGCUAUCACUUUGAGCUGGCUGGACCAAGAAUGAGUAUGACAAGCAUCCUGACGAGAAACAUGGAUAAACAAAGGCAGAAACGGAUGCAGGAACAAAGACAGCAGGAGUCCAAUUGGGAUGGAGGAGUCAACCCAAAGACCAAAGCUUUGCAAAAAGGAACUCCUGGCUCUUCACCUUAUUCAUCUCCCCGGAGUUCACCUUGGUCCUCUCCAAAACUUCCUAAAAAGAUUCCACCUGUUAAAAUCCAGCCACCAUCGCCGCCGCCGCCGCCACCUCCUCCUCCACCGCCGCCGCCUCCACCACCACCUGCUCAAAUUGUCCCAGAGAAAAAGGCACCAACCAGGAAUAUUGCAGAAGUUAUCAAACAGCAGGAGAGUGCCAAAAAAGGUGCACAAAAUAAACAGAAAAAGAAAAAAGGCAAGAAAAGCAAAAAAUAUGAGAAUGAAAUCUUGAAAGAAAUAAAAGAUUCCUUAAAAUCAAUCCCAGAUAAGAAAUCAGAAGAAGGUUCGCGUCCUUCUACCCGACCUCCCACCCCACAGAGAUCUGUCCAUAGUGACCUCAUGGAAGCAAUUAGGGGAAGUAACAUAAAACAACUAAGGAAGGUGGAAAUCCCAGAAGCUCUGCGAUAAAAAAGAUGAAGAGAAAAAGGAGAAUAAGAAGGACGGUACUGUGAUGAUUAGGAAAAAGGUACUGAACUGAUCUACAUUAGUCAAUAGACUAAUGUAAAUGGCUUCAGAAGUGUAAACUUAGACUUGAAGUAUAUGAAGAAAGACCUACUAAAUGUUAAGCAAACCUUUAAGGAUGCACCAGCUUUUUAAUUUGUAAAUAUGGAUAAUUUUUUAUUUAAUAAGAUUUCUAAGAAAAAAAAUGUUUAUUGAGGUAUUCUUGUUGAUCUCAGAUAGCACCACAGAGACCAUAUUCUUUAGACAGAGAACAGAGCAGUUGUUCUUUGACCUGUAGCUUUGUCCUCCUCGUGAAUUUGCAAUAAAGAUGGUUUGAGUUUCAGUGACA